CCCCGGUAUCCGCCGCCUCGCAGCAGCCACCAGAACGCUAAUUCAGGCACUUCGCCGAAUGCCCUGGCUAACGAGACCCUGCACAUUGAAGCCAAACAAGACACAGCUGGGGCUGUGGAAGCUCUCAAAAGAUGGAUUCAUCGAGGCUAAUGUCACAGAUGGUCAGUCUGUUCCCCGUUCUUUUGCAACAAGGAUGGCGCAUGAUGUGUACAGUGAAAGAGGAGAGCGACGACAGCCUAGCAAGAGAUGUAGCGGAGGCAAUCUUGCAAAUCCUAGCCGACUACACCGUCAAUUGCCAGAGGGGUGGACCCAUGUCUCCAAACUACCAGGAUAAAACCCUCGGUGUGCUCCCCGAUCUUGGGAAGGAGUUGGCCUUGCAACAUCUGAACGGGCUUUGCCUGAACAUCACCCAAAUAUAUUCGCCGGGGGUAGAGGUACAUAUUUCUUCGGACGGUCUUGUAUAUAACGACAUCCUCGGGGUCCCCGAUGAAGUGGUUUGGGACUAUGGCGAAGCAUUGCGCCAGAUUGCCGUGGACCAGAACCUGGCUCACAUUCGAUUCAUUCGACUGGCCGACCUGCUGGAGCAUCCCGGAUCCACGAAAGAGUUCUACGUGGCGCAUGCAUCCUGCCUGCGCCGCGAGCUCACCCUGCGCUUACAGGACCUCGCUUUCGACCCCCGGGAGGCCAUCAAAGCGGACAUGGACCUCCUCCUCACGUAUCGAGUGUACAUCAAAUUCCUGACCAAGGAUUUAGCCCAUCGCCCGAGGCUGGCCAAGUAUAGACCGGCGCGGGCCGAGGAGAUCUCGCAGACGGCGCGGCGCAUGCUUGCGCGCGGGCAGAUCUACGCCUCCGCCAUCAAGGCUCAGCGCGGGGACUAUGUGCGCCUCUCCAUCCACGAGUCGACGGCCAGCCACAAGCUGUCCAUCUCCCUGCUUCCACAGGAUGAGAUGCGCUCGAUCGGCCACACGCCGUGGCAUGUCUGCGUCGUGGUCGGGCUGGAUGGCGCCUACCGAACCGCGCACGCCGACCAGACGCAAGACGGGCUAAGAGUGCAGUUCGAGCAUCUCUACCCCUGUGGGCUCGUGAUCCGUCCCACCAUGGAGAAUGGUGCGCCUGCCCCUACCAUCCAGUCCAUUCCCAUGCGCAAGGUCCGCCAGCUCUCCCACCACUUCUCCCCAGUCCUCUGCCGGGGAUUCGGCCGCACCGAGGAUGAGGCCGUCUUCAUCGAAUCCGCCAAGACGCUGGGGCAGGUCCUGCCGUGGACGCACGGGAUCAUCAAGAAGGUCAAGGACUCGAAGCGGGUGGACAAGCUGAACAACAACGUCGAGUCGAGCGAGGCGAUGCCGAUGCACUUCGACGGGAUGUUCAAGUUCGAGCACGUCAUCGACCCGGUCACCGGGGCGACCGAGCGGCGCCGGGCCUUUCCCCGGUACCAGUUCUUCACCUGCCAGGUUACCUCCCCCAACGACGGGUUCGUCCUCUUCGCCAGCUCCCGGCUGCUCCUCCGCCACCUACCCCACCCCUGGACCGUCGACCAGCUGCAAACCCUGACUUGGGGCAUUGACAACGACGGCUUCUGGGACGCCCAGAUCCACCAGCUGCCCUUGCUGGUCACGCACCCGGUGACCGGCCGCCCCUGUCUGUGCUGGCACCAGCCGUGGGACGCCAGCAAGACCAAGCUCUCCACCUGCGUGGUGAGGAUCGAGAACGCCGCGGACGGCGGCGCCCGGCUGAUCCCCGUCAUCGACCGGCUCCUGUAUGACUUCCGGGUGUGUCUGCGGCUCGCCUGGGAGGUGGGCGAUGUGCUUGUCAACGACAACACGGCCAUGCUGCAUACCCGCACCGCGUAUCAAAACAAUGCGAAUCGGAAAUUGUGGCGGAUUCAUUGUGAUUGAUCCCUUCGAGGACGGCGAUCGUGUUUCCUGUAUAUCAAAGCAGAUUGUAGAAAACUCCAUUUUCCACGGCUGGUUGCCUUGUCGGUCUGGGCGGAUAAUACUUCCCUCUAUCGUACUGAGCUGCGGUCG